AUGGCGGCGCUGGCGGAGGAGCAGACGGAGGUGGCGGUCAAGUUAGAGUCGGAGGGACCGCCGGCGCUGCUCCCUCCGCAGGCGGGGGACGGAGCGGGCGAGGGCGGCGGCGGCACCCCCAGCAACGGCCCCAACGGCCCCAACGGCGGCGGCGGGACCGUGGCGGCCGCCUCGGCGCCCGGCGGGGAUGGCGGGACUCCCAAAGCCUCGGCGGCGGCGGCUCCUCCGGCUCCGGCUCCGGCUCCGGCUCCCGCGGGGGCGGCCCCGGGCUCCGAGGCGGGCGCGACCCACGACCGCCAGACGCUGCUGGCCGUGCUGCAGUUCCUGCGGCAGAGCAACCUGCGCGAAGCCGAGGAGGCGCUGCGCCGCGAGGCCCGGCUGCUGGAGGAGGCGGCGGCGGGCGCCGGAGCCCCGGGAGAGCCGGACGGCGGCGGCGGCGCCGAGGCGCUCCUCAGCCGGGUCGCAGCCUCCGCGGGGCCCGGCUCCGCGGCGCCCGACCCGCCCGGCGCCGCCGCUUCGGGAGCCGGGGCCGGAGCUGCAGCCGCUGCCGGGGCCGCCGCCUCGGGCUCAGCCCCGGGUCCCGCCGCUGCCGGCAGAGUUGGAAGUGUAACUGUGGAAGACCAGCCUGAUGUUAGUGCUGUGCUGUCUGCCUACAACCAACAAGGAGACCCCACCAUGUAUGAGGAAUAUUACAGUGGACUGAAACACUUCAUUGAAUGUUCAUUGGACUGUCAUCGGGCAGAAUUAUCCCAACUCUUUUAUCCUCUAUUUGUACAUAUGUAUUUGGAACUAGUCUACAAUCAACAUGAGAAUGAGGCAAAGUCAUUCUUUGAGAAGUUCCAUGGAGAUCAGGAAUGUUAUUAUCAGGAUGACCUACGAGUAUUAUCUAGCCUUACCAAAAAGGAACACAUGAAAGGGAAUGAGACCAUGUUGGAUUUUCGAACAAGUAAAUUUGUUCUCCGUAUUUCCCGUGACUCGUACCAACUCUUGAAGAGGCAUCUUCAGGAGAAACAGAACAAUCAGAUAUGGAACAUAGUUCAGGAGCACCUCUACAUUGACAUCUUUGAUGGGAUGCCUCGGAGUAAGCAGCAGAUAGAUGCCAUGGUGGGAAGUUUGGCAGGAGAGGCUAAACGAGAGGCAAACAAAUCAAAGGUAUUUUUUGGUUUAUUGAAAGAACCAGAAAUUGAAGUACCUUUAGAUGAUGAAGAUGAGGAAGGAGAAAAUGAAGAGGGAAAACCUAAGAAGAAGAAGCCUAAAAAAGAUAGCAUUGGAUCCAAAAGCAAAAAGCAAGAUCCCAAUGCUCCACCUCAGAACAGGAUCCCUCUUCCUGAGUUAAAAGAUUCAGAUAAGUUGGAUAAGAUAAUGAAUAUGAAAGAAACCACCAAACGAGUCCGUCUUGGGCCAGACUGUUUACCCUCCAUUUGUUUUUAUACAUUCCUCAAUGCUUAUCAGGGACUUACUGCAGUAGAUGUCACUGAUGACUCGAGUUUGAUUGCUGGAGGUUUUGCAGAUUCAACUGUUCGUGUGUGGUCUGUGACACCCAAAAAGCUUCGUAGUGUCAAGCAAGCCGCAGAUCUUAGCCUCAUAGACAAAGAAUCAGAUGAUGUCUUAGAAAGAAUCAUGGACGAGAAAACAGCAAGUGAGUUGAAGAUUUUGUAUGGUCACAGUGGACCUGUCUAUGGAGCCAGCUUCAGUCCAGAUAGGCUUUGGGCUACAGACCACUAUCAACCUUUAAGGAUAUUUGCUGGCCAUCUUGCCGAUGUGAAUUGUACCAGAUUCCAUCCAAAUUCUAAUUAUGUUGCCACGGGCUCUGCGGAUAGAACAGUGCGGCUUUGGGACGUCCUGAAUGGGAACUGUGUAAGGAUAUUCACUGGACAUAAGGGACCAAUUCAUUCUUUGACAUUUUCUCCCAACGGGAGAUUCCUGGCUACAGGAGCAACAGAUGGCAGAGUACUACUUUGGGAUAUUGGACAUGGCUUAAUGGUUGGAGAAUUAAAAGGCCACACUGAUACAGUCUGUUCACUUAGGUUUAGUAGAGACGGCGAAAUUUUGGCAUCAGGUUCAAUGGAUAACACAGUGCGAUUAUGGGAUGCCGUCAAAGCAUUUGAAGAUUUAGAGACUGAUGACUUUACUACAGCCACUGGGCAUAUAAAUUUACCUGAGAAUUCGCAGGAAUUAUUGUUGGGAACAUAUAUGACCAAAUCGACACCAGUUGUACACCUCCAUUUUACUCGAAGAAACUUGGUUCUAGCUGCAGGAGCUUAUAGUCCACAGUAAACCAUCGGUAUUAAAGACCUUUUGAAGCUACUGUUUGAAAAAGGGAGACUAAAAGCAAAUACCUCAGUGAUUAAUAUUUAAGCUACAAAGAAUGUUUUGUCUAUAUGGAUCUGGAAGUAUGCUGCUUGGAAAAUCUGAUCAGGACAAUUCCACGUUUCUAUAGCAACCACGUUUAACUAAUUUUCAUUAGUUGAAUAAGAGGUAUUAUGUUCGUGGAGGGGACAUUAAUGGUGCUUUGGAUUGUGUGGAAACUAUGCAUUUUCUGUUCAGAUGCUAUCUUAAUUUAUUAUGUUUAGAAAAAAUUUCAACUGAUUUCAGUAAUUCAUCCUGCUUCAAGAUUCAAAUUGAGUAAUAUUAAUACUGUGUUGAGUUUUAGCUGAAGAAUUCUAUGAGCAUAUAUGUUUCUACUGUAAAAAGGUAGUUACCGUAUGACACUCAAGUACUCAGAUGAUCCACUAACAUUUUUUCCUUGACCCAUAGUUAGUGGGCUGUACCUGGGUAGGGUGAACUUCAAUUUGAACUAGAUGAGGGGGCUGGAAAAAAGAGUACAGUGGGUAGGUACUUGCCUUACACACAGCUGCCCUGGAUUCAAUUCCUAGCAUCCCAUAUGGUCACUGGAGUGCAGAGCCAGGAGUAAGCUUUGAGCUUACUCCCCCAUCACAACUACCACCACCACCACCACCACCAGAACUCAAUGAGGUACUACUAUCAAGACCACCUGUUGGAGCCUGUACUCAUCUUUCCACCUGCCCCCACCCUCCCCUAUAAACCAAGUGAAGAAACUUAGCUCUUAUGUUCUACUUCAGCUAAAAUGCCUAUGUACAACCUAGUACACUUGAAGUCAGACAGACAUUUCAGUUGCUUACCUCCAAUACUGAGCCUUGCUUUGGGAAACUAAAGGAUUUAGACCAAGUCACUGCCAGUUUUUUGCCUUUGUUGCAUUUUGUACAGUUUUUAUAUUUUUGAUAUCUUGUAAAUAAAGACAACCAGCUUUUCCAGAUUCAUAA